AAUAAAAUAAGAAUGGAGAAGAAGGUCCACCCUCCGAACAGCAAUUUGAACAAUCUUAAUAUAAGGCUGUCAAAGUUGGACUUCUUAAAGUCAGUGAAAUCAUUGAGAAAAGAGUCUGUUGUAGUAAGGAAGAAUAUUUUAGCAAAAGCAGGAUCAGAGGAUAGGAAAAUACUUCCAAUCAGACCUAAAAUAAAACCAAUUGAAGAAGAGUCUGUUUUGCCAUGUAUUGUUACAUCAAACUGUGAUAAUGAGAGGAACUUCAGGUUAGAGUAUAUUAAAACUCUGACUUCUAAGUUCAUAUUGAGCAAAAUAGUUUCAAUUGGAAACAUUAAACUUGAACAGAAUUUAUUGAGAGUUCUUCGGAUUCCUGAAAAUGACAGAACUGAUGAUCAAAUCUAUAAACUGAAAUAAAGAGCUUAAAAGAUUCUCAUUUUUCGCAGAAUAUGUUGAAAAAGGAAAUGAAGAUUUAGUAGGAAAGUGAGCAAAAGUGAUGACUCUUGAAGAAUACAAACCUAACAAAAUAGUCUUUAAUUACGGAGAAAUCGGCACUAAAUUUUAUUUAAUUAUAAAGGGAAGUGUGAAUGUCCUUAUUCCUUGCACCCAAAAGUUUGACUUAACUUAUGCUGAAUACGUUAAAUUCAUUAAAGAACAUGAAGGAUUGAUACUCUCAGUAAAUGGUGUUAAAUUCUUCUCUUAUCCAUAUCCUUGAGAUAGGGUUGCCCAUAAUCCUAUUUUUAAAGAAGCAAAUGAGGUUGAUUCUUAUUUAGUAGAUAAAUUAUUGCAGAAUAUCACUCAGAAGGAGUUAAGAUCUACAGUAUUCUCUCUCCAUAAAUAAGUUUAAAGAUAAGAGAAAAGAUACUUAUAUUCUUCAUUACCUGACAUGUGUCAAAACUUUAAAAUCAGGAGAUCAGUUUGGAGAGCUUGCUCUUUUAAAUUCUAAGCCUAGAGCUGCAACAAUCAUGACUGUAGAGGACACUUCUCUAGCUGUACUUAGUAAGAAGGGAUUUGAUAGAAACCUCAAAAAUAGUGAGAAUACUAAACUUGAAAGAGAGAUUAAGGAGCUUAACAACUUUGGUAUCUUUAAGAACCUUACUCGAACAUCUAAGAGCAAGUUAGUAAAAUGAAUAGUUAAGGAAGAAAUCAAGAAAGGCCAAUAUUUGUGUAAAGAAAAUGAGGAAAAUGUCUAUCUUUACAUUAUCAAAGAGGGUAAAUUUGAAAUCCAGAAAGAGCUUUCUAUAAAUCUUGACACUGGUAUGGCUAACUAUACUCCACUUUAUUUAUCAACCAGAGAGCUAAAAUAAGCACAAGGACUUCUUUGGUGACUAUAAAUGAUUAAUCAAUGGCAACGUUCAGAUUGGUAAUGUUGCUGCUAAACCAAAAUCUCUCAGAUCCCCUAGGAUUAAGAAAAAGUUAAUAAAGUUGAGUUCUAUAUCAGACGGGCAUGUAAUUGGACUAAACGACUAUUUAUUCAGAAGUAGUCACAAAUUUUUCAGUGUAAAAUGAACAUCUUCAGUAGCCCAAGUUGCUAGAAUGCAUAUUAAUGAUAUCGCAGCCAAUCUUAAUACAUUAGAGGUUUCUCAAGAAAUGAAGGUUAUGGUUUAUAAAAAUCUCUCAAUUCUUGGAGAAAGCUUGACUAAUUCAUUGAAACUUGAAAAUGUAAUGCUUUUAAAUUCUUCUAAAGAAGAGAUUCCAAACAAAGAAGAAAUUCCUGAAAUUUCUAGAAAUUUAGAGGAGCAUGAAGAGCAUGUGUUCUAUCAAAGAUUGAAAUCUAUGAAUAUCGUAAAUCCUGUCAAGAAUGUAGCAGUUCGACAUAAGAUUGAUGGAAAAUAAAGAUCCUAAGACUAUAUUUUAUAGACAGUUAUGAAUAGAAGAUUAUUCAACUGCUUUGAAAAGAAUUAAUAGCCCAGAGCCAAAGAUCAAAGAUAGAUUAUUCACUCAACCACUUGAAGAUUUGUUUACAUCAAGUAAAAAGAGGAUAAAGACAAUACAAAAAGGAAGCAGGAACAAAAUAUUCAAGACUAGCUCUCUUAGUUCCAUAAGGCAAAAAUAGUGUUGCCACACUUCCAGUUGCCAAAAUAUCAGUGGCUCCUGCAAACUUCAUGUUCAGGUCUCCCACUAGGUCUCAAAAUUACCACAAAGUCAUUUUCGAUAGAUUUGGAAAGACUGUCAUAAAGACCGCUCUAAAGAAUAAAAAGGUGAAGAAAAAGACUUAUUUUGCAUUUCAAAAUCAUAAUCAUGGUAAGUGUCAAUGUACUACCAAGCGAGAGUCCAUUCUUAAAAAUCUGACAAUCAGCCGUGUUAGCUAAGUUAUUAAUUUUCAGCACAGAUCCU